ACUCCAAAAAAAUCUUUAGCACAUCGUAUUAAAUGCCGCGACUCGACGUGAAGCAGUAUAAACGUUGGCAGCGUUACCAGCUGAAUUCACGCUGAUUAUUUGUGUUUUUGUUGUCCAGUAUGUGUCGCGUGAACAACCUGUUGUUUUGUCCAGCUGCUGCUUUUCUUAAAGCAUCACGUUUGGGUUAUGAAUAAGCUGUUUUGCUCAUGCUGUUGACCAGUGUGUGUGCGCUUUGUGUCUGAUUUGACAGAGCACAGAUCUUAUUGGUUAGAGAUGACUAAUAAUGCUUAUUCCUAGCAGAAUGCUCGCUGUUGUUUUCACACAGUGCAAGGGAUCAGCAGCUCAUUCGCAUUGAAUGAAGUCUGCAUUACUGAUGUGUGCCACUAAAGCCGGUGUUAACUGCUUGCAUGAGCUAGCAUGUUGGGGUAUAUCUGGCAGCGUUUCUAUUCCUCAUGUCUGCGCUUCUGGUUGAAAUGGUUCCUCCGGCUGAUCACAGGAAGAUGCGAGCUGCAGCGUAUUUGUGCCCGAUGCAAAGCUGGAGCUCUGAGGACGUCACAGAUAGAGUAUUCUCUGAAGUCCUCCAAAAGCAAGGUAUUGCGAGCAGCUCUGUCUUUGAAGGAGAAUGAUUUGGACGACCAUCUGGCUCAAAUAAUCCGGGAAAAGAGAAUCAGGGAGCAGAAAGAUCCUACGUUUAAGGUGAAUCUCCGUCAAUGUUUGUUACAAAUCAGCGGAUAUAACGAGCUGUUUGAGGCGGUCGAGGAACUAAGAAAAGAGGUGUUUGACUCCGAGAAUGAAGAACAUGAGAACAUGCUUCUGAAGUUGUGGGAUCUGUUAAUGCCGUCAGUGAAGCUGGACUCGAGGAUCACUAAGCAGUGGGGAAACAUUGGUUUCCAGGGCGACGAUCCCAAGACUGAUUUCAGAGGGAUGGGGAUGCUGGGCCUCACAAACCUCCUUUUUUUCAGUGAGAAUUACACAGACGCAGCCCGGCAGGUUCUGUCACACGCGAAUCACCCCAGACUAGGGUACUCGUAUGCCAUAGUGGGCAUCAAUCUGACAGAGAUGGCAUACAGCUUAAUGAAGAAUGACGCUCUGAAGCCUCAUUUCUAUAACAUAGUACCUGGAAAACCCCAAAUGCAGCACUUCCAUCAGUUCUACUGUUACCUGGCGUAUGAGUUUGAUAAGUUCUGGUUGGAAGAGGAGCCGGAGAGCAUCAUGGAGUUCAAUCGCUACAGGGAGAAGUUCCACGACAAGGUCAAAGGUCAACUUCAGAUGCCUGAGGUCACGCUUCUCAUGACCGUGGACCAAGAAAAGUGAUUCCAGCAUCAUUUCACAGACAAAAGGAAACCGCAACAGUUGAUUUUCUCUUCUUUUUCCAUUAACUUCAUGAUAGUUUUUAGUUAGGAAAUGUACAACGUGGAUGAAGCUUUAUUUGAGUAUUAAUAAUUAAACAGCUGUAUAAACUGUACAUCAAGGGUACAUAGCUGGUUGUUUAGCUACAUUGACCUGGUCAGGGAAAAGACUUACACUGUUAAGUAUUAUUAAUAAUACUUUCAAAGUGAUGUUUUAAACUCUCCAAUGAACAGAUUGGAAUCCCUUCACACUUGAACAUUUUGGUCGUGGUCAUGUGACUCCUCCUUCUUCAUCUUUACCCAUCUCAGGAAGAUGAUGUUCAUGUUCAUAAGAUGUUAGGAAGUUGUUGUUUUUUCUGUAUGCAGA